AAACGUCUCUUUGGAAUUGCAUCUUCUCGGAAAAGAGAGAAGGAGAGGGAAGAACAGAGAAGAAAGCUCUUCCUACGGAGGUGGCGAGAGGUGUGGAGAGCCGGGAGCCACCGGCAGCGGCUCCCCGCUCGCUCCCUACAGUGGCUGUUCCACACUAGUUCUUUCCCUUCCCUGCUCUCACGCGAAACCCAGUCUCGCCAGGAAGCUACGAGUGUGCAUGUCUUUAUUUCUCACUCAGUAAGGCUAUGACUACAUAUAUGUUCCUUUUUUUUCUUGACGUUGCUCCUGAAAUCGAAGCCUAGUUUUUAAUAUCGGGGGCACAACAACAGCCAAACCCCCGUCGAGGCUGGAGGGAGGGCGGAACCCCUCGGUGGAACCGGGACAGCUGGCCACAAUAAAGCAGUUUACCGAGAAUGGAGCUGGGAGCUGCCAGCUCGUCCAGUCUCUCCCAGGGCGAGCUAAGGAGACGCAGACGUAGGGAGCUCUCAGCCCGCCGAGCACUGGGGGGGAGAGUUAAAAAUGCCCCACUGAGCGCGAAAGGAGCACUUGUACGAGAGGAGAGGUGUACGGCGAGGGCUCAGCCAGGGAGCACGGAUUCAUUGCACCCCGAGCUAAAUCAGUGUCUUUCCGUUGUCAUUCUCUCCCAAAAAAAAAAAAAAAAAAAAAAAAAAAAAAAAAAAAAAAAAAAAGGAGAGAAAAAAAGUAGGCGGAUUGCAGUGACUGACUGCCCAAUGGCAGCCCCGGGUCUCAGGAGAGUUACAGAGAGAGAGGGAGAGAGAGAGAGAGAGAGAGAGGCACUUUCUGCCAUCCAAAUCCCUUAAACCAUCCUCAUUCCAACACGAGAACCCACUGUAACAACUUCCAACCACUGAGACAUGACAGGCAGGAGUCCAGAGGCAGCAGCAGCAGCAGCAGCGAGAGCAGCAGCAGCAGCAGCACACACUCUGCACAGGGAGCAGCAUUAGCACCAGGGGAAUACUACACACAACAAUACAAACAAACAAACAAACAGACAAAGCCCCCCCAAGCCCAAGGGACUGGAUUCCAACUCAGACUCAAGCCACAGCAGACACCAAAAAGGGUGGGGAAUUACGACCAGGGGGGGCCAGAAAGGAAUAACCAAGGAAGCGAACUCAAGAGUGUAAACGGGAUUCAGCCAUGAUCCUUUUUUCAUCUCGCAGUGUGUUACUCUCAGUGUAUUACCCUCAGAUUUUCCUCAUCCUUACCAGUGGGAGUUACCUAGCUUUGUCAUCCGUGGUGGCUUUAGGAGCUAAUAUAAUCUGCAACAAAAUCCCAGGCCUGGCCCCUCGGCAGCGAGCGAUCUGCCAGAGCCGCCCUGAUGCCAUCAUUGUGAUCGGGGAAGGGGCACAAAUGGGAAUCAAUGAAUGCCAGUACCAGUUUCGGUACGGGAGGUGGAACUGCUCUGCGCUGGGAGAGAAAACAGUCUUUGGACAAGAGCUUCGAGUAGGAAGCAGGGAAGCCGCGUUCACCUAUGCCAUUACUGCUGCCGGGGUUGCACACGCUGUCACGGCCGCCUGCAGCCAGGGCAACCUCAGCAAUUGUGGCUGUGACCGAGAGAAACAGGGCUACUACAACCAGGAGGAGGGCUGGAAGUGGGGAGGCUGCUCUGCGGAUAUCAGAUACGGCAUUGAGUUCUCCCGGAGGUUUGUUGAUGCCCGAGAAAUCAAAAAGAAUGCACGGAGGCUGAUGAACUUGCACAACAAUGAGGCUGGAAGAAAGGUUCUCGAAGAGAGAAUGAAAUUGGAGUGCAAGUGUCAUGGAGUUUCAGGUUCCUGCACAACUAAGACCUGCUGGACCACGCUUCCUAAAUUCAGAGAGAUUGGAUAUAUUUUGAAAGAGAAAUACAAUGCCGCAGUGCAAGUGGAGGUGGUACGAGCCAGUAGAUUGAGACAGCCAACCUUCCUGAAGAUUAAGCAGAUUAAGAGCUACCAGAAACCCAUGGAAACAGAUUUAGUGUAUAUUGAAAAGUCACCCAACUACUGUGAGGAAGACGCUUCCACAGGGAGCGUCGGAACCCAGGGACGACUCUGCAACCGCACCUCUCCCAACGCAGACGGGUGUGACAUGAUGUGCUGUGGAAGAGGGUACAACACACACCAGUACACCAAGGUGUGGCAAUGCAACUGCAAAUUCCACUGGUGCUGCUUUGUGAAGUGCAACACGUGUAGUGAGCGGACAGAGGUGUUCACCUGCAAAUAACGGCAUCGUGUGCAAACAGAGCGAACUUCCACAAGUGAGGAAAGUGGAGUACAACAAACAACAACAGCAUCAUUUUGCACAUUUUAUCCUCUUGGGGAAAAGAACCCCAGCCAACACCACAACAACCACUCCCUCUCCACUACUACUUAUAUUUCUAAGGAUGGUGCAUUUUGGCUGGCUGGCUGUUGUAACUGCUUUGGAAAGAAGGGCAACAGGAUUAAGGUGAUGUUGACAACCACAUGAAACUUUCUCUCUGUUUCUCUCUUUUUUUUAUUUUCUUUUUUUUUUAAACUACAAUCUGGGUAUUGUAGAGUUAUCUUAGUGUUUUAAAUUAUACUUAUCAGAGAAGAUCAUUGCAUUGCAGCUCCCAUGGCAUUUAAAAGAAAAAGACACUCUCUUCUAUUUUACAUCAACAAAAUGGUCUAGCCAUGUGCAAAUGAGGACUUUUUUAAACGAAAUGAA